AAGCCUGGCGAUGAGGGCAGAACAGCCUUUAAAUGAGCUUUCCUCUGUUCAUUCACACUCAAUGCUGUUCAACCAUGGAGCUCAAAGCAACAUCUGUGCUGCUGCUCGUCUGCGUCACCUUCAUCAUCCUCACCAGCACUGAAGUGGAUGCCAUUCCCAGUUGUUGUCUGAGAGUUUCAAAGCACAUCCGUAAUGACCAGAUCCGUUCUGCUUACAAACAUAAGAUCCAGCACAAAUCUGGUGUCUGUGACAUCGAUGCAGUGAUACUAUACGUCGGAAAGAAGCAAAUCUGUGCUGAUCCCAGAGUCUUGAUUCGUAUGAAGAAACUCGAGAAGAAUCACAAACCCAAACGGACUUAAGCGAAGACUGAAUAAACAUCAUCAUCUGUUUUAUAAUGCAUGAAUCUACCAGCAGUUUCAGUACUUAUGGUUUGCAUAUUUUAAAAGUCAUUUUUUUACUACAAUAUACUGUAUAUAUUCUUUGUAUGCUC